UCAGAGGUUCUCUCUCUCUCUCUCUCUCUCUCUCUCUCUCUCUCUCUCUAAAAAAAUAUUCAAACGACACCCUCAGCAGAAUGCAAAUUACAAAAAUGCAUGACUCAUGCGGUAGUCCACCUCCAGCACUAGCCAAAAAACUCCUGCACAUAUUCAAGAUCAUACGGUACGUGCUUAAAAAGUGCUUAACCUCCAAGAACAAGCUGAUGAUGGACCUCCACCUCCUCCUCAAACGAGGCAAGAUCGCCGGAAAAUCCCUAGCCAACCUCAUCCACUUCCACCAUCACCACAACCACCACAGCCCCCGCCCGGGGAUCCCCUCGUCCUCCUUCUCUUGCCGAUCAAUGGACCCAAACCUCUCCUUCUGCAGUCCUCGAGAAGUCGAGUUCAGCUGCAGCAACAGUCCAAUACAAAAAAACCGCAACAAAAAUUAUCCCUAUGACUUCGAAGCUUUAACUGCGAUCGCAAAGGCUUUCGAGAUGCUGAACAGCAACAAUAACAUAAAUGUUGACGAGGUUUCGGACGCAGAGUCUGUCGCUCCUUCGCCCAUGAUCGCGUUCGGGAAGAGCACUCCAUUGACAGUGAGGCAGCUGAGGAUCACUGACUCGCCUUUCCCGAUGAAAGAGGACGAGGUUAACGAUGGAAAGAUCGAUAAGGAGGCCGAUGAAUUUAUUAAGAUGUUUUAUAAGCAGUUAAGGAUGCAGCAGAGCUUGGCAACUGCCACGCCGGAGUACAAGUUCCGGCGAGGUUGAGUUGGGAAAUAUGUCUUUGUAGUGAAUUUUUUUUGGGGAGUUUCUUUUAGUCCUCUUUUGAAAUUAACUUGUGCAUUUUUCUUCCUGAAAGAAUGUAGUAAUGUUACUUCUGAAUGAGAAGGAUGUUGGGAGUUUUUGUGCAA